AUGGCCUUUUCAACGAAGGCGAAGACAGUUGUUGCUUCACAGCUGAUGAAAUCAAAACAGGUGGAUUCGGCAUCAUCUGCUUCUUCCUCAUCGGGCCAUCGGGAAACUCGUUUGAUUCGGUAUAUAAAUCGGCUGUACAGGCGCUGGGCCUAUUUCAUUGCCGAUCAUACUGUUGCUGCUAUUAUUAUUCCCAUUUUGGUUUCCAUCAUUUGUACAGUUAAAAUUGUUAUCACACCUUACAAAAAUGACAUGACGGGUUAUAUACCAUACGGAGCACGAUCACGUGAAGAAUAUGCUAUACAGGAAGAAUUUGCUAAUCAUAAUGGCAAAGGCAUUUUGUUAAUGGCCGUUGUUGUUGCUAAGAAUAACGGAUCCGUGCUGACAUCUGAGGUCCUACAGGAAGCUAACGAGGUAAGCUAA